AUGGAGCCUGGUUCCGACCUGCAGCGGUUCCUGCAGCCGCUCCAGGUCAACAGCCAAAAGAUUCACGCACUGUCCCGCCUCUUUCAUGCCAAUUUCAAGCACCUCGCUCUCAACGCCGAUGACCAAUUCCUUGCGACGCCCAUUUCCGAGUCCAUUCUGAGACCCGUCAGCCAGCGCGGCCAUGGAAGCGGCGGCACGAACCUAAGAGUAGGCUUCGUCGAACUUCAAGGCAAAGACACAGCAAAUCCUGACGAUGCAUCCUUCGCAAUCAUCCCCCAAACCAACGGCACCUCCUCCCUCGCACCGGCCCUCCGCCUCAAGGAGAAGGCAUGGCCCAUAGACGACCGCCUCAAGACCGACAGCGAGGCCGAUCCCCAGCUUCUCUUCGACUGGAUUGGCGCCUGCAUUGCCUCGGUCGUCCGCUCUGCCUGUGAGGAAUGGCAGCUCCCGGCCGACGAGGAGCUUCCCUUGGGCAUCACCUUCAGCUUCCCCAUGGUCCAACAGUCCAUUUCCGACGCCACUGUCAUGACCAUGGGCAAAGGUUUCAGUAUCAGAGGCGACGCCGAACUGGGUCCGUUGCUGCUCAGAGGGUACGAAAAGUCCCGAGCAAUCGAUGACAAUGGCGCCCGCCGGCUUCCUCCCAUCCGCAUCGCAGCCAUAUCUAACGACUCCGUUUCCACCCUCAUCUCCUUCAUCUAUCUCUUCAACGAGUCCCAGUCCAGAAAGGCCAGCAUGGGUCUCAUUGUCGGCACCGGGUGUAACGCCACGAUUCCUCUAAGACUCACCGCCAUGGGCUCCAACAAGUGGCCUACCAACGUGAGCACUCUUCCAGGAGAAUCCGCCCGUCUCGCUCGCAUCGCUGUCAAUACGGAAUGGAGUAUCCGCGGCACCGCCCCUCCCUUGCGCGAGCUGCACCUCGUCACCCCGUGGGAUUCCGCCCUCGACACCGCGCUCGUGGGCCCCAACGAGAUCGCCGGGUUCCAGCCGCUCGAGUACAUGACAGCCGGCCGCUACCUCGGAGAGCUCGGCCGUCUCAUACUCGUGGACUACCUAAAGACCGAGCUCGGUCUCGACGAGUUAUCCUUACCGAAAGAUCUGCUGGUGCGAUAUGGGCUGACGACGACGUUCCUCAGCCACUUCAAGCCCUCUGACCCGUCAGAUCCUUCAACAUUGCUUACCCAGUUGGAAACAGAGUUCCCGACAGAGAAGGGGGCCUCCUUCCAGUGGACCCUCGAGACAGCCGUCGCUCUCUACCACAUCGCAAAGGCCAUACAGAUCCGCGCCGCGGGCAUCGUCGCAGCCGCCACCGUGGCCCUCCUCAAACUGGCAGAGGACAUCCCUGAGCAGAUCCCAGCCGGUGAUGCCACGCCCGUCAAGGAGCUGGGCGUCGGCUACACCGGCGGCUGCAUCUCGCACUUCCAGGACUACCUCGCUGAUACCCAAGACUUUCUGGAUAAGAUUGUGAAGCUGGACUACAAAGACCAGACACCGCCGAUUCGGGUUGUGCUGAGCCCCUGCCACGACGGCGGGAUCAAAGGCGCAGGCAUCCUUGCGGCGGCGACAGGGGUAAGUCAGACGCAGGAGACAUGGAAAUGA